UCGACGUGUUCUCGCCCUGGCUAUCUCUCUUUUCUGAAACACUUGAAGGAGUUGGAGUCAGCAGUAACAGAUCCAGGAGGUCUGGCAGUGGAACUGUACAGCAAUGGCCUGAUAGACAAAGUGGCGAAGGAAAGAGCUUCCCUAAUCUCUUUGGCGCCCGUUGAGCGUAGUCGAGAACUGCUACAGAAGUUGGAGGAUAGAAUCGAGUCACAGGAGGCAGUGUUUGAGAAAUUUCUCUCCAUACUGGUUCGAGAUCCGACUUUUGAAGACAUAUGCACAAAGUUGAGAGCUACCAGAGAUGAAUUCAAGGAUAUCACUAAUGGUUCCCGUACAUCUUCAACACACCAUAACAAUUGGCUGAUUUCUUGGAAAACAAUACUCAUUGGAGUCCCUAUUUUGAUCGUGGUACUAGCUGGGGUGUUGUGUAACCCAGACUGCUACCACUGCCACUCAAAGAGUCUGCCAUCUGUGAGUCAUUUUGUCGGUCGAGAGGAAGACAUUCGCAACAUCACUGGCUACCUUGACUUCGCAACCUCAGAUGUUCAGGUAGUUCACAUUGUUGGACCUCCUGGGUUCGGUAAAUCUACUCUGGCCAUGAAAAUUGGGGAGAUAUUCUUACGGAAAUGGGUCAGUGUACAUUAUGUAGACGUUGGGCAAAAAAUGGUUAAAGAUAUUGAUACUCUUGCUGAGAAGAUUGUACUCAGUAUGGUUGAGUCCCGUAAGACUAAGGUAACAUUCAGUGAUUUGGAGGAAAGGAUACGCAAGCAAUAUUCUAAGGCAUUAAUAAUACUAGACAACUGUGAUGAGAUUUUGGAGCAUUCAAAGGAAGAAUUUCUGGGUGCAUUAAAGUCAUUAACUGCUCUGUCCCAAAAACGUGUGAGGUAUCUUAUUACUAGCCAAAAGUGGGUAGCUGACAUUGGCAACUUUCGACUCCAUGCCAUUUACAACCUCUCAUGUGAUGCAGCUAUAGAACUAUUGGGUGCAGUAGCUCCUAGUUUAACAGAUGAUCAGAAAAAGCAAAUAGCCGAUCUGACAGGAAAUGUUCCGCUAGCACUGGAGGUUAUUGCAGCCAUCUUCAGAUUUCCAGAUGCUCCCACACCAGAAAUAGUGAUAAAUGGCCUGAAAGAACAUCUACUUCGUACACUAAGUCCUACUGAGCUACAUUCCACGGUUGAUGUGUCCAUUCGUAUAGCUUAUAGCUACCUUUCUCCUGAACUGAAGCAGUUAUGUGUAAACUUGUCCCAUAUUCCAAGGAGUUUUGAUGAAGCCAGUAUUUACUUCUUGUUUGACAUUGAUACAGACAUCAGACCCGGCCUUGCUAACCUGGUGCAGAGAUCUCUUCUGCAAUCUAGUCAUGGUAGACAGAGAUACCACUUUCACCAACUAAUUAAAACAUUCUUUCUUAGUCAAGAAAAUCGGACUUCAUUUCGACAACAUUUUUGAUACUCAGUUUCAGUCUUACUUUACUGCCGUUCUUCAGAGCAUUAUUACUGACUACAUUGAUGGCUUAAAGCUAACUAGGUUUGAUGAGGAAAAACAGAACAUUUGGCACAUGUUUAGUUUGUUCAAAAGAGCCAAAAACAAGACUGUUAAUUUCAAUGG